AUGACUUUAAAUAGAAUAAACCGAAAGAGGGAGUCCGGAGGGAAAGGGCCAUUGGCCUCCCGCCCCCGCCUCCGCCUCCACUUUCAACUUUUCCUAAAACCCUCCCGGAGAAACGAAGCCCAAAUUUUCUACGAUUCGCAGACUCCCAGAUGGAUCGCCUUCUCUUAUCAGCCUGGAUUCUUGGUCUACUCUCUAUCUCUUCCCUAUCAGGUAGAAUCCACCCGAUUCAAAAUCGUCAACAAGUGCCGGCACACGAUAUGGCCGGGGAUUCUCACCGGCGCAAACCGGACGAUGCUCAGGCCCACGGGCUUCGCCCUCAGGUCCGGCAAGUCGCGGACCCUCUCGGUUCCCAAGUCCUGGUCGGGCCGCGUGUGGGCCCGGACCCUAUGCUCCGAUGACAGCUCCGGGAAGUUCUCCUGCGCCACCGGUGACUGCGUCUCCGGAAAGGUGGAAUGCGCCGGCGCUGGAGCCACUCCGCCGACGACUCUUGUGGAGUUCACCCUCAGCGGCGACCAGGGGAUGGACUUCUACGACGUGAGCCUUGUCGACGGGUACAACGUCCCGGUGCUGGUGGUGGCACGUGGUGGCGUGAAAGGAGGAUGCGCUGCUACCGGUGCCUGGUGGACGUAA